UUCGUCGCGCCCGUCCUCGGCUCCCGCUCCGCGGCCGCCGCGUCUACGCGAGACCCCCGCUUCCCCCGCGGCCUUCCCCUUCUCGCCCGCGUUUUUCUUCUCGCCCCCGACCUCGCCCCGGGCGACAUGGCUCGGCCGUCCGUGCCCAGCUCGCAGAAGGCGCUGCUGCUGGAGCUGAAGGGGCUGCAGGAGGAGCCGGUGGAGGGCUUCCGAGUCAGCCUGGUGGACGAGGGGGACCUCUACAACUGGGAGGUGGCGAUCUUCGGGCCGCCCAACACCCACUACGAGGGCGGCUACUUCAAGGCUCGUCUCAGGUUCCCCGUUGACUACCCCUAUUCGCCACCUGCCUUCAGGUUCCUGACCAAAAUGUGGCACCCGAACAUCUACGAGACGGGAGAUGUUUGCAUCUCCAUUUUACAUCCCCCUGUGGACGACCCGCAAAGCGGAGAGCUGCCCUCGGAGAGGUGGAACCCGACGCAGAACGUGAGGACCAUCCUCCUGAGCGUGAUCUCCCUUCUCAACGAGCCGAACACCUUUUCCCCAGCGAACGUCGACGCCUCCGUGAUGUACAGGAAGUGGAAGGAGAGCAAAGGGAACGAUCAGGAAUACACGGACCUCAUCAGGAAGCAAGUCCUGGGCACCAAGGUGGAUGCCGAGCGGGAUGGCAUCAAAGUCCCGACGACGCUGGCGGAGUACUGCAUCAAGACGAAGACGCCCACGCCAGACGAAGGGUCCGAUCUUUUCUAUGAUGAGUACUAUGAGGACGAUGAGAUGGACGAGGAGGAGGAAGACAGCUGCUACGGGGACGAGGAGGACUCGGGCAAUGAGGAAUCUUGACAAGGGACCCCCUCCUGGCCCUCUCCUCCCCCCCUUCCUCCGCCCCUUCCCCUCCACUGCCCCCUCCUGCCAUUGCUGCUGCUGCUCCUGGUGGCGGCAAUAAACUCUCUCGUUUACUUGAACCCAGGAUGCAACCGGCUGAGACGUGGAACCCUUUCUGGCCCCAAUAUGAAAAUAAGUCAGAAUGAAUCGAAAAAACUCUACCUCAAGAGGGAGACGGGGCUUCUGCUUGGCACAGUGGGUAGUGGGGAGGGCAUUUGUGGGGGGCUGGGGUGGGUUGGCAGUUCUGGAAUCCCCUUUAUCUUUUGUGUUGUUUUUACUUCAGGAUUUCCCCCCCUUUUUGUUGAAAUUGAGACAGUGGGAGGGAAGGGGCAGCCACUCCCUCAGCUCCGCCUUGAGCCGCCAGUUGCAGCCCAAUCGGUCCUCCCAGCUGCAUGAGGAAAGCUUCCGAGGAACCAAACACAGCACUUAGGUUUGUUUGCUUAGGAAUAUCGUACACACCUUACCCUGGGAGAAUCCUCUGCACAGUGAGGAUUGCCAAUGUUUCGCUCACUCGAGCCAGCUCAUUCUCUCUGCAAAACCACACCAAUCCGGGAGCUUCGGGCGGUGGGGUCCCUUUGGGUUUGACACCUCAGUCAUGGUUACUGCCUCUGGAGGGCAAAUAUUCCAACCUCGACUUCCCCUCGAUACCUCCUUGCUUGCCCAGCUUCCCCCGUUUGCCUGCCUGUCUCUGGAGCAGGGUUUGCUUGCACCGUGGCAGUGUGCUUUUGCGCUCCUGGGGGCAGGAGGAACUCUUCAAAAGAGCUUGGGGGGCGGGGGGUUUGUGGGCAGAAAAGAAUAGUUUAGUGCAAUUGGUAGAAAGAGGAGGGAGGCUGUUUUGAAGUCAGCAGCAGGUGAGAUGUUUUUUGCUUUGUGGUUUUGUUCUGUCUGUUUGUUGUUUGUUUUUCCUUGUUUUGAAACUAUUUAAUAAAAGGACAUACUUGGAAAGGA